CCAGUACCAGUAGAUUUGAAUGCAGAACUGUCAAAUGAAGAAUUAAGGCAAUGUCUUCAUGAAACUUUAGAGAAACAUGGCCUCUAGUGUGGCUGUCUCUUAAGGUGUCAUCAGGGUGUUCAAUGACAUGAAGAUGUGUAAGUCUUCAACACCAGAGGAGGUGAAGAAGCACAAGAAGGUAGUACUCUUCUGCCUGCGUAAGGACAAGAAGAAGGUCAUCCUGGAGGAGGGCAAGGAGAUCCUGGUGGGCGAUGUGGGCCAGACUGUUGAUGACCUCUGUGCCACCUUUAUCAAGAUGCUGCCAGAUAAGGACUGCCACUACGCCCUCUAUGACACAACCUACAAGACCAAGGAGAGCAAGGAGGACCUGGUUAUCUUCUGGGCUUCUAAGUCUGUGCCCCUUAAGAGCAAAAUGAUCUAUGCCAGCUCCAAGGAUGCCAUCAAGAAGAAGCUGACAGAGAUUAAGCAUGAAUAAGCAAACUCCUACAAGGAGGUCAAGGACCGCUGCACCCUGGCAGAGAAGCUAGGGGGGCAGGGCCAUCAUCUCCUAGGAGGGCAAGCCUUUGUGAGCCCCUUCUGGCCCCCUGCUUGGAGCAUCUGGCAGCCCCACACCUGCCCUUGGGGGUUACAGGCUGCCUCCUAUCUGCCAGACUGGAAGGGCUGAGGGGAUCCCAGCAGGGAGAGGGCAAUCCCUUCACCCCAGUUGCCAAACAGACCCCUCACUCCCUGGAUAUUCCUCCCUGGAUUUUCCUCCUCCCUCCCUCCCUGACUGGCCUUCUCAAACUGCUUUUGAUCUUCUGAUUCCUCUUGGGUUGAAGCAGACCUCCCACCAGGCACCCUAGUUUUAGGGGGUCCUGUGUUUUCUUUAACAACACCCCCACUCCCAACCCGGUCCUCCCCCCCUUCUCAUGCUGCUAACUUCCAACUGUAAUGGUGACUCUGUGCUUGUCUGUUUAGUUCUGUGUAUAAGUGGAAUGUUGUGGAGAUGACACCCCCCUGUGCUGGCUGGUUCCUCUCCCUUUUCCCCUGGUCACUGCGACUCGUGGAAACAGGACCAGUAAGGGAUCUUUGAUUUAAAAAAAAAAAAAAAAAAAAGACCAAAAGAAAAAGAAAAAACUUUUCAUGUGAAUAAAGUCCACUGAUAGCUAUUUUGUUUGAAUGGUACCAAAUCUGUGUGGAAGGCAAAUUGUGGCUUUCCAGAUUUUCUUACUGAGCCACACUUUAGAGCUCAUCCUUUUCAACUGGCCUCCUCUGUUUCUUGUCCACCUCAUCUCCUAAAGAAGCUGCCAUGUAAAGAUCCCACCAGUUCUCCUUUCCACCCCACUUCUCUAAUCUCUCCUUGAGAAAGAAAGUUACAACUUCUUUCCAUCUGCCUUCCCUGUAUGUGUAGCUUCUAACAAUCUGACUUAGUUUAACCUUGUUAUAGUCAGAAGCCCAGAGUCUCAGGUGGCCUGAGGAGCCCACUGCCUUGGUGGGAAUAGCAGUUUCUGUGAGGAGUAUCUGUCCUUUGAGAACUAGGAAGCCCACCUUAGUGUGUGCUUGGGUCUCUUCCUGUGAAAGCCACUGUAUUUGGCUGCCAAGACAAAGUACCACAUACUGGUGGCUUAGAACAACAGAAAUCUAUCUGCUUUCAGUUCUAGAGGCUGAAGUUUGAAACCAAAGUUUCAGCAGUGCUCCCUCUGCAGGCUUUAGAGAAGAGUCCUCUGCCUCUUCCUCGCUUGUGAUGUUUGCUGCAAUCCUUAGUGUUCCUUGGUUGGUAGCUGCAUAAAUCCAGCUGCUUCCGCUGUCACAUGGCCUUCUCUCUGUGAAUCUGUAUCCACAUUGCCUUCAUUUUAUAAGAACACUAGUCAUUGGAUUGGGGCCUGCAGCUGCCUCCUUACCUUGAUUCCUUACAUAAGGAGCUGCAACCUCAGUAUGUAAACAACGUGCAAGCCAACCGGGACUGGGCACGGUGGCUCACGCCUGUAAUCCCAGCACUUUGGGAGGUGGAGGCAGGUAGAUCAUUUGAAGUCAGGAGUUCAAGACCAGCCUGGCCAACAUGGUGAAACACCCAUCUCUACUAAAAAUACAAAAAUUAGCCUGGUGGUAGUGAUGCACACCUGCAAUCCCAGCUACUUGGGAGGCUGAGGCAGGAGAAUCACUUGAGCCUAGGAAGUGGAGGUUGCAGUGAGCUGAGACCAUGCCACUGCACUCCAGCCUGGGCGACAGAGUGACUCUGUCUCAAAAACCUCCCUGGUUCAAGCGAUUCUCAUACCUCAUCCUCCCAAGUAGCUGGGAUUACAGGUGUGAGUCCAUUCCAAGCUUUUUUAUUUUAUUUUAUUGAAACAGAGUCUUGCUCUGUUGCCCAGGCUAGAGUACAGUGGCUCAAUCUCAGCUCACUGCAAUCUCCGCCUCCCGGGUUCAAGUGAUUCUCCUGCCUUAGCCUCCGGAGUAGCUGGGAUUAUAGGCAUGCGCCACCAUGCCUGGCAGAUUUUUUGUAUGUUUAGUAAAGACGGGGUUUCACCUUGUUGGCCAGGCUGGUCGUGAACUCCUGACCUCAGGUGAUCCACCUGCCUUUGCCUUCCAAAGUGCUGAGAUUACUGCUCCUGGCUGAGGCUCUCAAUUUUAGCAUGUCUGGUUCACUCACUAAGUCUAGAGGAAUUUUCAGCCUCAUUUGUAAGUGCUUUGAGCCAAAGGUAAAGGUAGACCAGCCAAACUGGUAAUUUUAGGGUUGCAUAUCUUGCAAAUAGGAAGACUAAUUUU